GGAGGAGAUGUCUCCCCAAGUCAAGCUCUUUGGGUCUCACUAGAAAAUUCAUGGAUUACUCCCAACAUACAAGUUACACAACCUUGGGGUCCCCACAGGUUGAAAACUGCAUCAUUGAGAAAAUUCAGUCAUUUCUCGACACAGGAGCCACUCAGAAGGUGUCACAAGUUCACCCAGAGCUCCCGGACAGGAAGGAAGACACAUACCUGGAAGAGCUCAGGUUAUAUAAGGCAAACGAAGACAACACACCAGAGUUUCCUUCACAUUUCCAAGUUGCCGAAUACUCCUUUUUUCUCAAGGCUGUAGUCGAGACCUGGGCAGUGGUGGAGCUCCAGAGUGCCAGAGGAGAGGGAGAACAGCAGUACCGUGUCACGAGCACCAUCAUGCGUGAGGUGUCCGUGGUACAGGACCAGCAGGUGCACUGCUGUAGCUCUGAGGACGCUCUGGAGGCGUACGUGCAGUUCAACACAGAGCUGCAGUCCCAGGGCUUCACGCAGACAGAGUCGCUCCCCUCCGAGGCCGAGGCGCUGGCCUCACACACUCUGCAGCAGGUGAGUAGGGUAGAGGGGUUGCUGCUACAGGUGCAGAAGUGUGAGAGUGAAGAUGAGGUCCAGCUCCUCCUGCAGGAAGUCAGUACCCUGUUACCGCUCAGAGAGACGGAGGCUGAGGCCAGGGCGAAGCUUGUGUCUCAGAGACUGGACCUCUGUCAGCUUAUCCGAGAUAUUCUGAACGUGAGCAAAGCCACUUUGGGGAACCCCUCUCCCUCUUCUCUGGGGAAGUAUUGCGCCCUGAGGUGCAACAUUCAACCCGUCGCCUCUGAAAGCCCAGAAUAUCAGUCUGUCUGCAAACUUUUACAAGAGAGGCCAGUUCAGAUCCAGCAAGUACUUCGUGUGUGUAGAUCAUCAGAACUUCAUAUGUUUAGGGAGCAGCUAUGUAACAUUAAGCCCCUCCUCCAUUCUACAUUUCCUAGCAACUUUGUGGGAAUCUUGUCACGAGGUCUGCUGCUGCCGAGGGUUGGAGUUGAACAGCAUGGCAUUAAAAGAACUGACGUAGGAAAUCUGGGAAGUGGCAUCUACUUCAGUGACUCUGAACACCUCUGUGAAGUAUUCCAGGCCCAGCGUGACGGACGGCUCACGCCUGUUGCUGGUGUGUGAUGUGGCUCUGGGCCAGUGUAAGGACGUGUACAAGAAGGACCCAUCUCUGAUCUGCGCUCCCGACGGCCA